AUGCCUCCAAGAAGAAAGUUCGAUAAAAAGAAUGCUACAACAUUCAGUGUUGUUCACAGAGCCCAUGACGAUGAGUUAUACUUCGAUAAUGACGCUUCUAGACAUGUUUUAGUUCCCAUUGGAAAAAAAGGAUAUACCAAGGAUCAGUUGGAAUCCACUUUGGGUGAAGAAGCUAAAAAGGUUAGAAAUAAUGAAGGGAUGGCAGCACAAUAUGGGAUCUAUUAUGAUGAUUCCAAAUAUGAUUAUAUGCAACAUUUGCGUCCCAUGGGUGAAACUGGAGAUGCUGUAUUCAUAGCUAAGAAGGAAGAUAAAAAAGAGAAGAAAGCAGAUUUGAUGGAACUCUUGAAAGAUCAAUUACCUUCAGAGAAACAAAAAAAGAUUACACAAGAAGAUUUGGAAAACAUACCCAAAGAAUUGAAAGGUUUUAAUCCAGAUAUGGAUCCCAGAUUGAGAGAAGCUAUGGAAGCUUUAGAGGAUGAAGCAUAUAUUGAAGAUCAAGAAGAUGAUCUUUUCAAUGAAUUAUUACAAGGAGGUGAAGCAGGUGACGAUGAUUUCUACGACGAGGAAUAUGACGAAUGGGAUAUGGAUAACUACCAAGAUGAAUAUGAACAAUACGAAGGUGAAAAUCAUGACUAUGAAUCAGAUUACGAAACUCAAGAAAACCCUUAUAACGAAGGAGAAGCUCCAGAAUUAGUCGAUGACGUCGCCAUUAACACUGCAUGGGAGAAAGAUUUUGAUAAGUUCAAGAAUAAUUUCAAGAAUGAAGACGAUUCCGAUAAUUUCGAUUCUGAAGAUGAUUUUGAAGAAGAAAGAGACGUUUUACCUGAUUUACCAGCAGUUGCCAAAAAGUCCAAAACUAAGCAACGGAAGAAGAAGGGUGCUAUGACUGAUACCUCCUCUUUCUCCAUGUCAUCAUCUGCUGUAUAUCGUACUGAAGGUUUAACGUUGUUGGACGAUAGAUUCGAACAAUUGACUAAAAAAUGGGAAGCUGAAGAAGAAGAAAUACCUGAAUAUAAGGAAUUCUCCAUGGAAGAUGAAAGGGGAGAUUUUGAAGAUUUAUUGGAUGAUUUCUUGGAUAAUUAUGAAUUGGAAAAAGGUGGUAGAAAACUCAUGAAGAAGAAUGAAGAAUUGAAAAAGAUACAACAAGCUUCUGAUAGUGCUUCAAACACAAAAUUAGCUGCCAGACGUAAAUUGAACGCAGAUUUCAAUAAAUUAUCAUUAAAUUGA